GCCGUGCGGGCUGGGCCGCCUGGGCGCCCGCCGCGACCCCUUCCACGCCCGGGCCCCGACGGUGGCCGUCUGCCCGCCGCUGCCCGCUUCGGGCGCGGCGCUGGGGGAACGAGAACGGGGAGUGACCCGGCCCCAAACACCCUGCUCAGGUGGCCCACGGAGCUGCCCGCUACACCUCUGCUCAGCCCGACCCCCUUCGCUCCGGCCACUCCUUCCUGCAGGGGGCGCAUCCUGCCCUUUCCCCGAGAGGACCCAGGCUCCUUGGCUGUCUGGGAGCUCCAGGUGAAAGGGUCUGACAGUCGUUGGAGCAGCCACAGCCACCAUGGGGCCCUGGGGAGAGCCAGAGCUCCUGGUGUGGCGUCCGGAGGCGGUGGCCUCGCAGCCCCCAGGGCCCGUGGGGCUGGAGGUGAAAAUGGGGGCCCUAGUGUUGCUGCUGGUGCUCACGCUUCUCUGCAGCCUGGUGCCCAUCUGCGUGCUGCGCCGUCCGGGGGCUGGCCCCGAAGCCUCAGCCUCCCGCCAAAAAGCCUUGAGCCUCGUAAGCUGCUUCGCAGGAGGUGUCUUUCUGGCCACCUGUCUCCUGGACCUCCUGCCUGACUACCUGGCUGCCAUAGAUGAGGCCCUGGCGGCCCUGCACGUGACGCUCCAGUUCCCCCUACAAGAGUUCAUCCUGGCGAUGGGCUUCUUCCUGGUCCUGGUGAUGGAGCAGAUCACACUGGCUUACAAGGAGCAGUCAGGGCCGCCGCCUCGAGAGGAGACGAGGGCCCUGCUGGGAACAAACGGUGGGCCGCAGCACUGGCACGACGGGCCAGGGCUCCCACAAGCGGGUGGAGCCCCAGCGGCCCCCUCGGCCCUGCGUGCCUGUGUCCUGGUCUUUUCCCUGGCCCUGCACUCCGUGUUCGAGGGGCUGGCGGUGGGGCUGCAGCGAGACCGGGCGCGGGCCAUGGAGCUGUGCCUGGCUCUGCUGCUCCACAAGGGCGUCCUGGCCGUGAGCUUGUCCCUGCGGCUGCUGCAGAGCCGUUUGCGGGCGCAGGUGGUCGCUGGCUGUGGGAUCCUCUUUGCAUGCAUGACACCUCUGGGCAUUGGGCUGGGUGCAGCCCUGGCAGAGUCGGCUGGGCCACUGCACCAGCUGGCCCAGUCUGUGCUGGAGGGCAUGGCAGCUGGCACCUUUCUCUAUAUCACCUUCCUGGAAAUUCUGCCCCAGGAGCUGGCCACUUCUGAACAGAGGAUCCUCAAGGUCAUUCUGCUCCUCGCAGGCUUUGCCCUGCUAACUGGCCUGCUCUUCAUCCAAGUCUAGGGGGCUCCAGGUGCCCUAGACCUUCCUUUCCUCUCCCAGAGUAUGAGAAUAAGGAGUGGGGAAGGGAGGUACUGAGGAUCAAGGGGUUCUCAGAGAUAGGGAUGGAGUCUUUGGAACUAUCUGACCCAUGAGAGGGAUGUGGUAGACAAGAGCCUGGCCCUAAGGGACAAGAUAUAGUUAAGUCACUAAAGACAUGAUUGAAGGACGUUCAUAUUGGGGAAGACACUGAAUGCUAGAACCUGGGGUCAGACACUACAUACAGGGACAAGCUGACACUGGGAAGGCUGGAGGCAGGUGCCCAGCUGCUGUGGGGUAGAGGUGUAGAGAAGGCACAGCCCAGGGUCGGCUGUCCUGCUGGUUCUAGCCCAUUUCAGCCCUCUGUCACUUGGGGGUGGAGUGGAUCCCUACUUUUCUUAGCUCCUACUCUCUUAGUCUCCUGCUUCCCUUCUCCCAGGGGACUGGUGCCAAACGGCCUCUUCCUGCCAGUUUUGGUACCUUCUCUGGCUUCUCUAGUCCUGCUCACUUCUCUAUUUUUAAAGUGCCAAAUAAAUCUCUUCCCUCUUUCUCAAAAAGCACAGUGAUGGCACUGAACCGUGCCCAACACUUCAGCGGAGGGGCCCUGCUUGCCCUUUAUUUGGGGGCAGAAAUGUUUGCUGAGUUAGGGCUGGGAGAGGGUUGCCAGAGCCACGGCCGCCACCACCACCACUACACCCUAGGAGUAUUGAACACGGACAUGGUACCCCAUGCCCAGAUGAUAAAAACUGAACUGCCAAAACUUUCUUUCUUUUUUUUUUUUUUUUUUUUUUUUUCUAUACCAGAGGAGCCCAAGGGGGAAGGGGAAGGCUCACCCUCAGCGUUAUUUUUGGGGAGGGAGGGCUGUGGACAGAGCCAUAUUCUCUAGAAUCUAUUUUACUAACUGACCUGUUUUGGGACUUGUUACCCAAAUAAAAGAUGUUUCUAUAUA